GCCCCGCCCGCCACUGCCGGCACGAGCCGCUGCCGUUGGCCGCGCGGAGCCGCUGCCCGCACCCAUGGCGGGACCGGCCGGGCUGCUGCAGCUCGCCGCCGCGCUCGCGCUGGCCGCGGGCGCGCGGACGGGCGGAGCGGCGGCGCGGACAGAGCCUGCUCCACCCUACUCCAGCAGCGACAUUGUUCAUCCCAUCAAGGUUGACGAGAGUGGAUUGUUCCUGUCCUACGAUCUCUCCCACCGAGCACUUCACCGAAGGUCUCCUUCCUCCAGGAGCAAGUUUCUCGCCUUCUAUGAACUCCAUUACAAAGGACAACCCCUGAAAUUCAACCUGAGCCUCAACAACAACCUCCUGGCACCCGGGUUUGUCAGCGAGAGGCGAUAUGGGGGCAUUGCCAGCGCCAAGAUCCAGCCUCGCACCUCCCACUCCUGCCAUAUGAUCGGGGAGGUUCGGAGCCGGGCGCUGCCAGGGGGUCUGGCCGCGCUCAGUACGUGCGAUGGUCUGAAAGGUGUGUUUCGGCUCAUGAAUGAGGACUACUUCAUCGAACCGGUGUCCACCAGCUCUCGGGAGGAUGGAGCAGCACAGCCCCACAGGAUCUACAAGCGCCAAGUGCCUGAGCGCGGGGCAGAGCAGGGCAGGAGGCCACUGGCUCCAUGGGAAACCUGUGGUGUGCGAGAAUCUCAAGAAAGCCUGGAGAGGUCUGAGGAGCGGAGGGAGAGAUGGGAACAGAAACAGCACAGGAGGAGAAGAAUAAGGCAGCGCUCCAUCAGCAAGGAGAAGUGGGUGGAAACACUGGUGGUGGCUGACACCAAGAUGAUUGAAUACCAUGGCAGCGAGAACAUAGAGAAGUAUGUGCUGACCGUGAUGAACAUGGUGGCGGGUCUGUUCCACCAUGCCAGCAUUGGGAACCCCAUCAACAUUGCCAUAGUACGACUCAUCUUGCUGGAGGAUGAAGAGGAGGAUCUGAAAAUCUCCCACCAUGCAGACAACACCUUGAAAAGCUUUUGCAAAUGGCAGAAGAGCAUCAACAUUAAAGGAGAUUCCCAUCCCCUGCAUCACGACGUCGCAGUCCUGCUCACAAGGAAGGACAUUUGCGCGGCAAUGAACCGGCCCUGCGAGACACUGGGUCUGUCCCACGUGGCAGGGAUGUGCCAGCCCCACCGGAGCUGCAACAUCAACGAGGACACAGGGCUGCCCUUGGCCUUCACUGUGGCCCACGAGCUCGGACACAGUUUUGGGAUUCAGCAUGAUGGAAGCAGCAAUGACUGUGAGCCAGUUGGGAAAAGACCUUUCAUCAUGUCUCCACAGCUCCUGUAUGACACAUCCCCACUCACCUGGUCCCGCUGCAGCCGCGAGUACAUCACACGGUUCCUCGACCGGGGCUGGGGGCUGUGCCUGGAUGACCCCCCAGCCCGCGAGGUGCUGGACUAUCCCUUGGUGCCACCAGGCGUCCUCUACGAUGUGGGCCACCAGUGCCGGCUGCAGUACGGCGCCUACUCCACCUUCUGUGAAGACAUGGAUAGCGUCUGUCACACGCUGUGGUGCACGGUGGGGAACACGUGCCACUCCAAGCUGGACGCGGCUGUGGAUGGCACGGCAUGUGGGGACAGCAAGUGGUGCUUCAACGGCGAGUGUGUGCCUGUGGGUUACCGUCCCGAGGCCAUCGAUGGUGGCUGGGGCUCCUGGAGCUCGUGGGCCGCCUGCUCGCGCAGCUGCGGCGCGGGCGUGCAGAGCGCCGAGCGGCACUGCAGCAACCCCACGCCAAAGUACGGGGGCCGGUACUGCCUGGGGGAGCGGAAGCGGUUCCGGAUCUGCAACGUCAGGCCAUGUCCCCGUGACAAGCCCUCCUUCCGCCAGGUCCAGUGCAGCCACUUCAACCCCAUGCUCUACAAAGGGAAACUCUACAGGUGGACGCCAGUGCCCAACAACAUUAAUCCUUGUGAGCUGCACUGCCGGCCCGAGGAUGAAUACUUUGCGGAAAAGCUGCGGGAUGCCGUCAUUGACGGGACACCAUGCUACGAGAUGAAUGCCAGCCGCGACAUGUGCAUCAACGGCAUCUGCAAGAACGUGGGCUGUGACUACGAGAUCGACUCCAACGCAGUGGAGGAUCGGUGCGGUGUCUGCCAUGGGGACGGCUCCACCUGCCACACUGUCAAGAAGACCUUCGAGGACAGCGAGGGGCUGGGUUACGUCGAUAUCGGGAUUAUCCCUGUGGGAGCACGGGAGAUCCGGAUUGAAGAAGUUGCAGAAGCUGGGAAUUUUCUGGCACUGCGGAGCGAGGACCCAGAGAAGUAUUUCCUGAAUGGUGGCUGGACCAUCCAGUGGAAUGGGGACUACAGGGUAGCAGGGACCACCUUCACCUACAAGAGGACGGGGAACUGGGAGAACCUCACCUCCCCGGGGCCCACCGUGGAGCCCGUGUGGAUCCAGCUGCUGUUUCAGGAGACCAACCCAGGAGUGCGGUACCAAUACACCAUCCAGCGCCCGGCCGACAGUGAGAAUGAGAUCGAGCAGGCAGAGUUCCUCUGGCGCUUCGGCUCCUGGACCACCUGCACGGCCACGUGCGGCACCGGGGUGCAGCGGCAAAUCGUGCACUGCGUGGAGAAGCUGACCGGCAUCGUGGAGGAGCGGUACUGCGACGCGCUCACUCGCCCCGAUGAUCAGCAGAGGACGUGCAACGAGGAGCCCUGCCCGGCCAGGUGGUGGGUUGGCGAGUGGCAGAAAUGCUCGGUGAGCUGUGGCCCGGCGGGGCUGAUGAAGAGGACAGUGCUCUGCAUCCAGAGCGUGGGGCUGGACGAGCAGAGGGCCCUGCAGCAAGCGGACUGCGAGCACCUCGCCAAGCCAGCCGCUACCGCGCCCUGUCACCAGGAGAUCCCCUGUCCCUCCCAGUGGGCUGUGGGGAACUGGUCCGAGUGCUCUGCAACGUGUGGCAAUGGGACACAGAGACGCCCUGUUUACUGCAGCAACAGCACCGGGGCCGCCUGUGACCCUGCAGAAAGACCCAGCGCAGAGACAACGUGCUCCUUGCCGCAGUGCCAGAAGAACCUGGACGAUGCCAAUGUGGACUGGUCUGGCAGCGGGUCCUCCAGCAGAGAGAUAUUUAAUGAAAUCCAUUACAUCCCCAGCAACCACAUUGCUAAAUUUAACCCCUUAAUUCCAAGUAUUCCAGAGUCCAAUGAUGUCAAUAUCAUCACCGAUGAGGACUUCUCAGCCAAAAAGGGAAAUGUCUUUGUUGAUGAUUUUUACUAUGAUUACAAUUUUAUCAACUUCCAUGAGGAUCUGUCUUACUAUCCCUUCACGGAGAAGGAGACCAAAGGCGAGGAGCCCAAGCCAGAGCUGAGCACAAAUGACGUGGAGGGGUCCCCUGAGAUGCCCACUGCUGUCCUGCACCCCACUGAGCUGGAAGAAGCAGCAAGCAAGGAUCAUUCAGUGACCAAUGAAGCCAAUGCUUCUGCUCCUGUGCAUGGCAAAGGAGAGCUGGAACCUGGGGGCUUAGCCAUGAGUGACAUUCUGAGCAUGGUCCCCGAAGAUGCGGGGACAGCUGCUCCCAAACCUGCCAUCCCUUACCUCGUGGGUGAGGAGGAGGAUGCAACAGUUGUGCCCCUCUCUGAGGACCACCUGCCCACCCAGAGCACCACAAAUCAUAACUCUGCAAACAUCUACGACCACCCACCCGUGGAUGAGCCCCAUGGGGUCGUGACGAUGAGCCCUGGGCAGGGUGCUCCAGCCCACAGCCCCACUCCCUGGGCUCCUCACCUGGCCGGUCGCCCCCCGCCACUGCCCACAGGCAGGGCCAGUGCUGUCACAGACAUGGCUGAGGGCCUGGGAGAGCCGGGGAGUAGCGGCGAGGAGCGGGCGAGCAGAGAGGCUGAGGAGUGGAGCUCUGCGGGGAGAGGCCAUGAAGACUCCAGGGAAACAGUUCUUGUCAUCACCAGUGAUGCCAAUGGUGCUGCCUCCCAGUCUGAGGAGCAGGAAGGGUGGGCAGGAAUGCCGGAGGGGACAGCGGGCACGCAGGCAGUGCCGGUAGCCGAAGAGCGAGCCCGUGGGACAGAGAGGGCAGGACUUUCCCUCCCCACCCUGCAGGGACCGGGCUGGGCGGUGGGAAGGAGUGCUGACAGCAUACACCCUGCUGUGGGUCCCUAUGCCACAGGUGCUGAUGGGCCCCACCCGGGGCAGGCAGGGUACCAGCCAGAGCUCCACACUCCCGUGUCCCCAGCCUCAGCCUUCUCAGUGGCCACCACAGCCUUGCCAGCAGCAGUGUCCCUGUCCCCCGCCAUGCCCAGGCCAGCCACCCAGCUCACCUCCAGCAGCCUCUCCCAGCAGGAUGCCCUGGCACCAGCCCUACCUGCGACUCCUGCUCACAGCCCUCCUGUGCACCCGGCAGGAGCAUCGCCCUCCGAAUCCCCCCCGCUGUGGUGGACCGUGGGGGUGUCGCCCCUCUUGGCGACAGCAUCGCCCCGUGCACAGCCGGCUGCCUACGGGGCCCUGCUCAGCAGCACCGUGCCAGGGGAGCACUUGCCGUCAGCAACCCCAGAGACAUUUGCUUUCAGUGAUGGAGAGCACAAGUUAUCCCAGGCCACCCCUGUCCCCCCACCACUUUGGGAAAAGGAAGAGAUGGAGAAGGUGUUGCUUCUGCCAUCAACCACCACGGCAGCCACCGCCAUCCCCAGCUGGGAGGUCGGGAACUGGAGCGAGUGCUCGGUGACCUGUGGCGUGGGUGCAAUCUGGAGGACCGUGCGCUGCAGCACCGGCAGCGAUGACGGCUGCGUUGUGGCCAACAAACCCGUCCCUGCUCGGAGAUGUUCCCUGAGACCAUGUUCGUCGUGGCGCGUGGGGAACUGGAGUAAGUGCUCCCGGAGCUGUGGCGGGGGGACGAAGGUUCGAGAUGUGCAGUGCGUCGACACCAGGGACCAGCGGCUCCUGCGGCCCUUCCACUGCCAGGCUGUGCUCUACAAACCGCCAGCACAGCUGCCCUGCCAGAGUGCACCGUGCCUGGACUGGUACACGUCCUCCUGGAGAGAGUGCUCGGAGUCGUGCGGCGGUGGGGAGCAGGAACGGCUGGUGACGUGCCCGGAGUUGGGUCGCUGUGAGGAGACGCUUCGGCCCAAUGCCACCCGGCCUUGCAACACACACCCCUGCACCACCUGGAUGGUGGGCUCCUGGGGAGAGUGCACAGCUCCCUGUGGCGGGGGCAUCCAGCGGCGCCAGGUCAAGUGCAUCAACACCAGGACGGGGCUGGCCGAGGAGGACAGCAGCCUCUGCGACCAUGAGCCCUGGCCCGAGAGCACGCAGAAGUGCAACCCCCAGGACUGCGAGAGCUCUGAAGCAGGAUUCGUCUGCGAGCGCGACCGCUUGACGUUCGGCUUCUGCCAGACCCUGCGGAUCCUGGGAAGGUGCCACCUCCCCACGGUCCGUCUCCAGUGCUGCCGGAGCUGCCACCAGCACGGGCACCACGCGGCGCCCGACCGGGACCGCGGGGACGAGCGGGCGUCCAGGAGGUGACAGGGCUGUCCCUGAGGGCAAGAAGUGCCCGGCCCCGCGAGGGCUCCCGGAGCAGCACGGCGCAGGGAACUGGGUCACAGCCAGGACUUGCGGCUCUGCCUCGUCCCGGCAAGCUGUGCGGUGCUCUUUCAGAAUAUGGGAAAGUCUUGAUUUCUUUAAUUUGUGCUACACUAUAAUGGUGCUCAAACUAUCAGUCUGAAAAACCAGGUCUGAUGUGGGCUGGGGGUGCAGGUCCCGCAGGGUCACGCUGCCACCGGGGAACCAGCGGGGAAACACUUAGGGGAAGGGAAACCAAAAGCAGCAAUAGUUUGGGGGUGACCUCUCAAAAAUGAUUGUGGUGCUAUCAUUUGACAUUUUCAGCCUCCUAAUGGUGUUGGCAGGCCAACACAAAACUCUCGACUUUUAUUAUUAUUUUUGUAUGUAUGAAGUGAGCAUCUAGCAUUCCACCAGUACAGACCACACUUUGAAUUAGUUUUUUUUUUUUCUUAAGGGACUUGAAGCUGGCAACCCAUUCCUGUAAUUUGCAUUAGAAUGUUUACACGCUGAAGUUAAACAGCUGUAAUUUAAGAAAUUGAGACAGGGCAGAGGAAUGAAGUAUCAGCUUCAGUUACCCGCCGAGCUGCGGUCUCGCGGUGUGUGCGGCAGCUCCGCACCCUUGCCCUCUCUGCUGUCUGUCUGUGCCAAAGCCACUGCCCAUGUCAUUCCAGGGACGGUCAGGGACACCAAAGCAUGAGUGAAAUGACAUGUCGGUUUGGAGCCCAAUGGUGCAUUCCCAUGCGGGUGUUUGUGAAGGAUCCCGGUGGUGGGCAGCGCAUCCCCCACCACAUCCUUCCAGCAAAGCAAAGUGCUCACACACCGGGAUUUCCGUAUGCGAUUACGGCAUAGCAGUUUAAUAGUUGGUUAAGGUGUUUUUCUAUGUUCUUACAAGCUGAAGACCUUUUUCCUGCUUAUAUAGAUUCACCUCUGUUAAGAUUAGUUGAUUCUUUUAACUAGAAUAUUUGAUACUGUACGAGGAGCGGCACUCAGCCAGCACAGCCUGGUCCAGGGGUGUCGUAUGUUAAUCUCUCCCUGUCUUAGGGAGAAUUUGCUGUUAAGUUGGUCCUCAGAGGAGAGUCAGGAGCAUUUAGGUAGGAAUUCCUUUCUGUAUGACUCUCUGGACUAUAGAGGAUGCCCAAAAACUGGGAGAACCCAAAGGCAGCCCUGUGUGUAGCCAGGGCACGGGGAAGGGCCGAGCCCAGGGCGUGUUUCUGUGUCACCUGUGCUGUCGGGAACGACGUUCCAUCCCAGAAUGGAGGAAAUGUUGUAUGUAAAACACAAGCCAUGGCUUUACCGUUUGUGGUUUAUUCCUUUCCAAUGUGGUGUAAAUUUUUUAUGUUUCGAAUGGCUGUGUUCAGUCCUGUUUUCCUUCUCACCAGCACCAUCCGUCCCGAGCUUUCAUCCCGCUCCCAGGUUUUGCCAAGGGAUGGCCUCGAAAUGUGUUGGGCUUUAAUGACUAUAGCUCUCGAGUGUGUUAAAUUAAACAGUUACUGAAGGAAA